AUGACCAUUAUCACUACUCAAAUGCCACUUGUUUUGCUUCUACUUUUAUCUUUAACCACAUUUCACAAAUGCAUGUCAAUCAAUGAUCAAAAAUUGGUUCGAUGCAAUGAGAAAGAUAAAGAGACAUUAUUAAUCUUCAAAAAGGGAAUCAAUGAUAGUUAUAAUGGAAAGAUAUCAACAUGGUCAACCGAAAAAGAUUGUUGUGCAUGGGAAGGAGUCUCCUGUGACAACAUAACCAACAGAGUUACAAAACUUGAUCUCAAAUUACCAUUUAGAACUUUGAAAGGUGAAAUCAAUAUGUGUAUUCUAGAACUUGAGUUUCUCAGUUACUUGGAUUUGAGCGAAAAUGAUUUUGAUGUGAUAAGUUUUACAACCAUUCCACACAACAUCACACAUGCAUCUAACCUUUUGUACCUUGACUUAUCCAACAACUUUGUCCCUAAUACUCUUCAGAUGGAUAAUCUUGAUUGGCUUUCUCCACAUUCUUCAUUGAAAUAUCUCAACCUUAGUGGAAUUGAUCUUCAUAAGGAAACCAAUUGGCUUCAAGCUGUUAAUACACUUCCUUCACUAUUAGAAUUACACUUGCAUGAUUGUAAAUUGAACAACUUGAUCAUCAACCCAUCUAUUCAGUAUUUGAAUUUGUCUUCACUUCUAACACUUGAUCUUUCUGAAAACAACUUCACCUCCCCAUUACCUAAUGGGUUUUUUAAUCUCACCAAAGACCUCACCGAUCUUAGCAUUUAUGGUAGCAAUAUACAUGGUAAGAUACCUUCAUGCUUGUUAAACCUUCAAAAUUUGAGAUUCCUUGAUCUCUCUUUUAACCAACUACAAGGUUCAAUUCCAGAUGGAAUGGGCCGAUUACCAAAUAUUCAACUCCUUGAUCUCAACAGUAACAUGUUAAGUGGUUCCAAUAUUCCUUCAACUGUAGGAAACCUCUCAUCCUUAAAUUACUUAUCUAUUGGUGGUAAUAAUUUCUCUGGUGAAAUUUCAGAAAAAGCUUUUUCCAAACUCUCUAAUUUAGAUUCACUAGACUUGAGUAGUUCAAAUUUUGUAUUCAAAUUUGAUUUGGAUUGGGUUCCUCCUUUUCAACUCCAUAAUCUUCAAUUGAGCAAUACAAAUCAAGGCCCAAACUUUCCAUCUUGGAUAUAUACACAGAAGUCACUGCAAUAUCUUGACUUAUCAAGCUCGGGAAUUUCAUUGGUAGAUACAAACAAGUUUUCAAGCCUUAUAGAAAGAAUAUCUUAUUCACUUGAUUUGUCAAACAAUUCGAUGACUGGGGACAUAUCAAACCUAACACUAAAGGGAUAUAUUUUAUCUUUGUAUCGCAAUAAUUUCACAGGAGGGCUCCCAAACAUAUCACCGAAUGCCAAUAGAGUUCAUUUAUCUUACAACACCUUCUCAGGAUCAAUUCCACAUAGUUGGAAGAACUCGAAAAAUUUACAAUCCAUUAACUUGUGGAGUAAUAAGCUAUCUGGUGAAGUUCUGGAGCAAGUCUCUGAUUGGACACAAUUGAACUUCUUGAACUUGGGAGAAAAUGAAUUUUCAGGAACCAUACGAAUCAAGAUGUCACAAAACUUACAAGUAUUAAUAUUGAGAGGUAACCAAUUUGAAGGGACUAUUCCAACACAGUUAUUCAAUCAAUCUUCUUUGUUUCAUUUAGACCUUGCACAUAACAAACUUUCAGGAUCUAUGCCAGAGUGCAUCUACAACUUGACUGAAAUGGUUAUUUUUCAUAUGGAGGAGUCAAAUGUGUUUGUUGGUUCAAUUGAUUUGUUUACAAAAGGUCAAGAAUAUUAUAUACCUGAACUUUUGGAAAAUAGGAAAACUAUUGACCUAUCAGCAAAUAACUUGUCUGGAAAAGUGCCAUUGGAAUUAUUUCAGCUUGUUCAACUUCAAUCCUUAAACUUAUCUCACAAUAACUUGAUUGGAACAAUACCAAAGACAAUUGGAGGCAUGAAAAAUAUUGAAUCUCUCGAUCUCUCCAAUAAUAAGCUUUCCGGUGAAAUUCCUCAAAGCAUGGCUCUCUUAAACUUUUUGGGUUAUUUAAAUUUAUCUUGCAACAAUUUUCAUGGGAAAAUUCCAAUUGGAACUCAACUUCAAAGUUUUAAUGUAUCAAGCUACAUUGGAAACCCAGACCUAUGCGGAGUUCCUCUUAAUAAUUGUACCACGGAAGAAGAAAAUCCUAAAAAUGCAACUCCGUCUACAGAUAAUGACUCUGUAAGAGAAUCAUUGUAUCUAGGCAUGGGAGUUGGAUUUGCAGCAGGUUUCUGGGGAAUUUGUGGUUCUUUGUUUCUUAUUAGGAAAUGGAGGCAUGCGUACUUUAGGUUUGUUGAUGGAGUGGGUGACAAGCUCUAUGUAACUUUGAUGGUAAAGUUAAAUAGCUUUCGCAGAAAUUGA